CGCAGUGCGUGGGGGCGGCGGGGCGUGGAGCCUUCCCUGUCUGGCAUGCCGGGCUGGCGUCGCUCGCGGUCGACCCAGCGCCAUGGGCUUGCCCCGGCUACUGCCCCGCGCGGCCCGGUCUGCUCCGGCCCUGUGUGCGGCGGCUUUGCGCCGCAGCCCUGCGGCCUGGUGCGGCCGCGCGACCCCGCUGCUCAGUUGGAGCCGGGCCGCAGGUGAUGUUCACCGGUUUAGAACUUCUGACGCUGCUCAAGCCACAUUAGCCAGCGUGGCCCAGGUGUUCACUGUGACAAAGUUUGACAAGGAAGGAAACGUGACUUCUUUCGAAAAGAAGAAAACAGAAUUGUACCAGGAGCUGGCACUGCAGGCCAGAGACCUGAGGUUCCAGCACGUGAUGAGCAUCACCUCCAGGAACAACAGGAUCAUCCUGAGGAUGGAGUAUCUGAAAGCUGUGAUCACGCCAGAGUGUCUUCUGAUACUGGAUUAUCGUAACUUAAACUUAGAGCAGUGGCUGUUCCGGGAGCUUCCGUCACAGUUGGCCGGAGAGGGUCAGCUUGUCACGCACUCCUUACCAUUCGAGUUUAGAGCUGUAGAGGCCCUCCUGCAAUAUUGGAUCAACACUCUUCAGGGCAAACUUAGCAUCCUGCAGCCACUGAUCCUCGAGACCCUAGAUGCAUUGGUGGACCCCAAGCACUCCUCCGUCGACAGAAGCAAACUGCACAUCCUCCUUCAGAAUGGCAAAAGUCUCUCUGAGUUAGAAACAGACAUUAAAAUCUUCAAAGAGUCAAUUUUGGAGAUUUUGGAUGAAGAGGAGAUGCUGGAAGAGCUCUGUCUGACCAAGUGGAGUGACCCCCAGGUCUUUGAGAAGAGCAGCUCUGGGAUCGACCACGCAGAGGAGAUGGAGCUGCUGCUGGAGAACUACUACCGCCUAGCUGAGGAUCUUUCCAAUGAUGCCCGGGAGCUGAGGGUUCUCAUUGAUGACUCACAGAGCAUCAUCUUCAUCAAUCUAGACAGCCAUCGCAACGUGAUGAUGAGGUUAAACCUGCAGCUGACCAUGGGGACCUUCUCCCUCUCACUCUUUGGACUAAUGGGAGUUGCUUUUGGGAUGAAUUUGGAGUCUUCCCUUGAAGAGGACCAUCGGGUGUUUUGGCUGAUUACAGGAAUUAUGUUUUUGGGAAGUGGCCUUAUCUGGAGGCGACUGCUUUCCUUCCUUGGAAGACAGCUGGAAGCACCUUUGCCCCCUCUGAUGGCCUCCUUACCUAAAAAGACCCUUCUAGCAGAUAGGAGGAUGGACAUGAAAAACGGCCUCCGGUCAGAAGGACUCGGAUCAAGCAGGACUGUCCUAGCCGGCCGCUAGCCACAGCCUGGCGGGUACUCCUGAAGCUAAAGUCACACACUUGGAAAAAAUCACUGAUGUUUAAAUCAUGUUGCACUAAAGUGCUGUGGAAGAGUACCAACACUCAUGGCCUCUCCAGAGUUCUGUGGCCCAGGACUUUCUCUGCAAAAGGCCAACAGUCUUCCCUGCCCACCUGAGCACUGUUUUAUAGCAGAAGGCGUGGAGAGAUCACCUUAUUGCAGGACGGGCUUCUAGGUCCCGUGUGAUUAUGCAGACUAAGUGCAGCUCCUGCUGGAGGGCCAGGAGCUUGGCCAGCUUGGAAUUGUUCCCGGGAACUUCCUGACUGGGGAGAAAAGCCUGUCUGUUAACCUUGCAGAAAACUCUGGGUUAAUCUUGAAGCACACUGCAGAAGUUUGUGCUCUAACACUUUCUUGACAGAACCUUAUUUUCAGGUAUUUGCUGUCUUUCAUGUAUGAUAAAUUAAAAAAAGGAUAACUUAAUAUUAGCAUUUAUGUGGCUGGAUUCCAGUCAAUCAAGAUUUUUCUUUUUUAAUACCCCAAACUUUUUCCUUUGGUGGUUAUAAUAGAACCUUUGGAGGUAAAGUUAAAAGAAACUGUUUCUAGUUUGUUACUAUUUUAUACCUAUUUUGAUCAUGUCUGAUUUUAGAGAUUUUUAUACCACCUUCCCCACCAAGAAAAAAGUGCAUGUAGCCCAGCUAACCUGUAUGCCACCUCUCGAAAAUUAAGGGUGAGCUUGUAAACAAAGCUAACGUCAGAACGCCAAGCUUAAAACAAAUAGCUGAGCUGCACCAUGAUUGACUUGCCACCUAGAAUUGCAGCCCCCAUGAGGCUGAGGCAGGAGGACUGUCAAGAGUUUCAGUGAGUUCCAGGCCAACCUGGCCUACAGGAUAUACCUUAUCUCAAAACACCAAAUAAAUAAAUACAUAAAAUAGGGCUGAAAGUGUUGCCAGUGACAGACCUUGUCCAGCACACACAAAGCCACAGGUACAGUCCCCAGCACUGCAAAGUAUACAGACCUGCUCACCACUGCAUCUGCCUUCCUGUAUUUUCUGAAGGCUCAGCACAGUUCAUGUGCCAGAACAUUACAAUUAGCUAUACCAUGUGCUUGUGAGAUCUAGAAAGGACCUUGCAGGCACCAGAGCAGCAGUGUUGGGUCCCACAGAGGUGUUGGUUCCCAGUUAUGCUAGCAAUGUCAGGACAUCGCAGGUCCUUUGCUGGGUCAUUUCGCAAUGGGAAUGAAAAUGUUACUCCAGUAGGAAACGGUGAGCUUUCUCUCUUCCUGGGUGGGGCUGAGAAGCGGGUCUUGGUGUCCAGGCUCAGAGGCCCCUUCGCCACUCACUGUAGGUCAGAAACAUGUUGGUGAGCUGCUGGAAAGUGAACGUGUAGAGCCUCUAAGGACGGGAGUCCCUGGGCAGCUGGAUUUCACAGCUCGUCUAACUUUUUUGUGUUUGAUUUUAUCACUGUGGUUAGUAGACUUUACCGGACUGCGACAUAAAGAAUUGGAAUCCUA